UGCCUGCGCCAGCACGGGCGUCAGUCGCCUCCCGACUUCGCGUCCGUUGGCGUCGCGAGUGCGCGUCGCUCCCGCGCCGUAAAACGUCUCUUCGCUUUCGCCCGCGCGGAUGCGUGACCCGGUCGCGCCAGCCCUAAGCGCGAAGUGAAACGGUUGCUCCGCGGUUCUCGGAGUCGUCGUCCGCUUUCGUCGCGACGCACCGGUUCGCCGGGAGAAAGAGACGAUGUCUCUCGGGGAGAUGCGCCCGAAGGUACCGUGAAUCGCGCCGACACGAGCGGCCGCGCUCGUCCGCGUUCUCAUGUUGUGCCCGCGGUGAGACAAGUGCAGCGGCGUCAGGCCGAUGGUGGCGGAGUGAUUCGGCUGCGUCGGAUCGCGUGGUGUCUCGUGGACGGACUCUUGAUGGUCUUCGAAAACAUCGAGAUGAGGAACCCUGCGGGGUUCCUGCUCGAGGACGCCAGGCACGGAUACAUCCAGUACAUCAGUCUGAGCGAAUGUUACUUCGCGGGCAAGGGCGCAGCUCUGGUUUUACCGCCAAACGAAAGGGCUCGCCCUUCAAGGCGAGUGUCGGCGGCAGGAUGCGAUAUUCAGCAGCACUUGCAGUCCAUGUUCUAUCUUUUGAGGCCCGAGGAAACUUUGAAGAUGGCCGUGAAACUGGAGUCGGUGCAUCCAGGAAGGACGCGGUAUCUCGUCGUCGUCUCCUGCACGGGAAGGCAGGACGCCGAGGAGAGCUGCCUUCUCGGUAUCGAUUGCCAUGCCAGGGCGACUGUCGGUCUUGUGCUUCGAGUUUUGGCCGACACAGCUAUCACUCUCGACGGCGAUGGGGGUUUCAAAGUCAGUGUUUGCGGUCGACAGCACAUCUUCAAGCCCGUGUCUGUUCAGGCUAUGUGGUCGGCCUUGCAGACGUUGCACAAGGUGUCCGGUAAGGCACGCGAGCAGAACUAUUUUCUAGGUGGACUGUCUCAUGACUGGGUCAGCUACUAUGAGCAACGAAUCGAGAGCGAUCGGUCGUGCCUCAACGAGUGGCAUGCCAUGGACAAUCUGGAGUCCAAGAGACCGCCGUCACCGGAUAGUAUACGCACCAAGCCCAGGGAAAGGGAGGAGACCGAGCGUGUGAUUCGAUCGACCUUGAAGGAAAUCAUGAUGUCCGUGGACCUCGACGAAGUUACCUCCAAGUACAUUAGAGGUAGACUCGAGGAAGAUCUUGACAUGGAUCUCGGGGAAUUCAAGCCGUUUAUCGAUCAAGAAAUGCUCACUAUACUGGGGCAAAUGGAUGCGCCAACAGAGAUAUUUGAUCAUGUUUAUCUCGGAAGUGAGUGGAACGCCAGCAAUUUAGAGGAACUUCAGAAAAAUGGUGUAAGGCAUAUCUUAAACGUCACUCGUGAAAUCGACAAUUUUUUCCCGGGUAUGUUCACUUAUCUGAACGUGCGUGUAUAUGACGAUGAGAAGACGGAUCUGCUAAAGCACUGGGAUAACACGUUCAAAUACAUUACGAAGGCGAAAAUGGAGGGCUCUAAGGUGUUAGUGCACUGCAAGAUGGGAGUGUCCCGAUCUGCGUCCGUGGUGAUAGCUUACGCGAUGAAGGCUUACAACUGGGACUUCUCUCAAGCGUGGAAGCACGUCAAAGAGAAGCGCAACUGCAUCAAGCCUAACAAUAGCUUCCUCCUGCAGCUAGAAACGUAUCAAGGUAUCCUGGACGCGAUGAAGAACAAGGAAAAGCUACAGAGAUCCAAGUCCGACACGAAUCUGAAAUCUCCUACGUCCGCGAAAGAUCAAUCAAAAAAAGAAGAGAAAUCUGAUAAUAUAGAGAGUAAUUUACGGGAGGCUUCAGGCUCGGAACUGAAGAAAAGUAGUCAGAGACCAAAGAGUUGGUCGCCGAAUGUCAAGGCUGCUGAGAAUAUGUUACCUUCCGUACCUUUGUCGCAAUCGUUGGAGAGUAUCGACAAGGCAGGAAAUACGGAAGUCACGCGGGAGGAUCUUCUUCGCGGCUCGAAUCAAAAAUCAACGAUGGAGCAGGAGGCUCGCAAUGUUCUAAUGCCCUGCGAUAACGGGCAGUCCUACAGCGUGUCGCAGAACAAAAUAGUGCACCUACCCGCCCCCAAUCCCGACACAUCUAGCGUAAAGAAUAGGAUUAGUAAAUUGGAAACUCAGGGACAGAAGAGAAAGGGCUUGGUACUCAAUCUAACCAAUCAAUUUGAGGCGGCCAGCAGUAAACCUUCGUCGCCAGGGUCCGAUUCGGACGUGAAGGCUUUGUCUCAGAGCUCAAUCGCGGAAGACAGCGUGAAACCGAUGGAAAACGAUCAUUCACAGUGCGAGCAAUCACAAGGAACGCGAGAAAUCGCGGCUUCCAUCGCGAGCGCGCCUUCCGAGAAGGAAGUUUGGGACCCAGGUGAGGAAUCGAAGGAAAGAGAAAAGGAGACGAGGAGCCUGGAGUCCACCGAGAUCGACGAUAAUAGUGAAUGUCUAGUCUGGACUGCGUCCGCGGACGCAACGUGUGCUGAUACGUGUAAUGACAAUAAAACUGACACAGGCGUGAGUGUGGAGAGUGAGUGUAUCGCGAGUGUAACGACGGAUACGACGACCACGACUUCGUCGACGACGACAACUGUGACGACAGCAGCGACCGCGACCGCGACCGCGACCGCGUUGUCGGCGACAUCGGCGUGUCCCGACGUCCUGGGGAAGAAAGCGAAGAAAGACGGCGAUCCGUUCAGUGCCCAGCUGGACCGAGUGUUCGAUCGCGAGGAAAGACAGGGCGAGCCUGUUACGCGGGAGUCGCCGAGUCGACAAAGUUCCUGGAGCAGUUACGACAGUGCGGUGGUCCUCGACAACAAUUCGGUGCACAGUUCGUGGGCCACCUUACCGUCUCGGAACAGUUCCUGGGGCUCGUACGACAUGCGGCCGUCCGAUCUACUGGGCUCCAGCGGCCUGUUCCCGUACGACAAAGAGGAGAUACCGUGGCACCCGGGCACAGUGAAGCGCACUAAACAGAAGCUGGAAGAAGGUACGACCGUGGGCGGAGUGAAACGCGUAUGCACGCAAAACUCAACGACCGCAGAGGACAAGAGUGACAGACUGGUCGCCGAGGCGGAUCCGACUGCCGUUGAGACGUACAAUCCGGUGCUGCUGCACCACAUGCCCUCGCCGACGCCACGGAGGAGGGAUUCGUCACCUACUCAGGAACAUAAUCUUAAAGUGGAGGCGAGUAGAGACUCGCCGAGUCCGGUAGGCAGCAUCGACAUCUCUCUCACGUCUAUGCGGCAGAUCGGAAGACUGUCCACCAGCGCACCUGCACCGUCCUCUCUGUCCUCCGAGUCUGAUCUGCCGUUAUCUCUGCGGUCCUGUAGAUCGGAAAGCGAGACAUCCAGUCCGUGCGUCGUUAAUACUCCACAGUGCCCCUCCGUGAAACAUCACAAGAUGGUCCUGGAAAAUCUUUGUAAUAAGUCCGUGUUCAAUAAGCGCUGCCUCUCCGUGGACGACUCGCCGGAAACGGAAUGUCCGCGGAGCACGUCCGGCAUAGUCAAGAACCUAAAAAAGGAGUUCGAGGCGAAGUCGACCAAGCUGGAGAAGAGUCCGGAGAACGUGUGCGAGGGCGAGAGUGCAUCGCUGACGUCGCGACCCAAGAGGGACGUGAAGAUUAGGAGUCUGCCGUCAUCGCCGGUAAUCCCGCACAACGAGUCCAAAAUUCAGCCGUCGUCCAGCGUUGGCGAAACCAAAGACAAGCAAGGCGGGAGAUACGAAGCAACGCCGCCACCGUCGUCGCAGGAAAAUGCGGAGGAUCUUUCCGUUAGAGUGUUAGUAGGCAAGUACGAAGUCGCCAAGCCGGAAUCUAGAAAGAGCUCGGACGUACAAUUGCGCACGCACAAGGACAAGGAUUGGGACGCUAUGGAAGUGCAUCCGCCGGCAAAGUCGAAAAUUGCGCCCGAGUUCUCGAGGAGGUCCGCGCCAAUCAUGAUCAAUCACUCUUCGUCCUUGUUCAAUGAGACGCCGGAGGCACCCGGCAGACCGCCAGCGGUGCCCUCGCCCAGCGUGGUAGUGGCUAGCGUGGUGGCGAAGGCAGCUAGUAAGAAGCAACAGCAGCAUGGCAGAACUCAUCCUCUUGCUAGGCUGCAGGUCAGGCCUAGGCACAGCAGUCCGGUUUACAACACCAUGUGAAGAGAAAACAACGCUCUUUCGUGCACGUUGGAUUCUUCAGGCGCAACGCGAGCGCAUCGUACCUAAUCUGGACUGGCGAGUAGCCACCACGUGGGUACGUCAUCGUGACGAUAAAAUCGUGUGAUCUCUUUUUAUGUUGGCGAUGAAGAUUGGAUUUUUGGAGCCGAGAUGGUCGCGCGCCUGUUGUUCCAGGAGUAGAUCUUUUCCUUCGUCGUCUUCUUCUUAUUUUUUAUUUUGUUUUUUUUUUAAUCAUCGCUGUAAUUAUUCGCAAUCGUCGUCUCUAUUCGCUGAGAAGAACGAUCUUGUCAUUUCAGUAAUGUAACAUAUAAUUUAUAAGAGCAACAAUUUCGCGUAAGUGUUCAGAUCUUUUGCUAGAAAAUAGCGACACAGGCGUUUAUGUUCCUUCUCGUCAACGUGUAUCUUGGCUUGGCGUUAGUUCAAUUAUUUUAAGCUGGAAAUGCAACAAUUAUGAGGCUGCGCGUCGAGAAGGAGGUCAACGUAAGUUAGGGAAGUUUAUUUCUAUAUCACUUCAUCGUAAGUUAGUGGGCUCGGAAUCAAACGUGCGUUAAGUGUGCAAAGCGUAUUGCAUGAAAUGAUAUGACGCGAAAGGCGGCGCAGAUUUCGGUUUUCGCGAGGAGAAAAAGAACGAGCCGAGUGCUCAGUCAGGCUGUGAAUGUAAGGUCUGAGCCUCGGACGCACGCUGACCUUUCUUCUGCUUCGCUUUCUUAAUCUUUUCUCUUUCCUUUUUUUCGUCGAAUUCGAAGUUACUGAAACGAUAAAUCUCCGAUCUGCGAAGCGACUUUGUCGAUUUUGUCGUAACGUGUACGGAACAAAAGUUACAUACGACGAGACCUCGAGAUAAUGUAAUGUUAUAAGCCACAUUAGUAGUAAUUUAUAGGUGAUAAUGUGAUUAGAGUGAUGCACAGUAUGCGAGGACACGAUGUAGCGAAGUGUGUUUUUUGUUGAGCGACUGUUUUCGGAAGCACGAGUUUGACCGAAAAGGGGGUACCGAAAUUCACGAGUUUCUUGAUCGUUUCCGAGACCCCGAUAAAAGUGAUUCCUCAUGAUCUUUCGUCAACGGCCAUAUUUUGCAUGAACGUGGAAGUAUGCAAAAUUAGUCAAUCGAAGCUAGCGUAACGUAAUAAACCGAAUAGAUUUCUCUUAAAUUGUAAGAUAAUAAUUUUAGUAUUACGUAUUACCCUGUCCAGAAAUGUGUGAUAUAUGUUGCAAUUUCGAUUGUAAUAAAAAAAUUAGAUCUUCAAACUAGAUUUCCAUCUAGCUUGAUCUGUCGUCUCACAUUUAGGCUACAAACGUGUACCUACGGAUUGGAUCUGUGCCGUUUGUGAUCCAAGAGAGUCUUAGGCUGAAACGACUCGCGAAUUAGGUACCUCUCUCGUUCAUUAAUUGUUAUUAACCCGCUCUUUGUACUCCUACUAUUAUAGAUUAUCUCUUUAUCUCGAUUAAUUCAGAUCGGUUGAUCGUCUAACGCUUUUCAACGGCUGACGAUGCAGCGACGAUAGUGCAUCAGGAAGUUCUGCUGUAUUAACUCAUGUAGAAGAAGUUAAAAAAAAGUACAAUGAAGUGACAAAGAAAAAUGAUACGUUGAUCUUUACGGGUGCAUGCAUGUACUGUACUUUUCCAUCGACCGACCUGGAGCGUUGUGUCUAAGCGUGACUAUUUUUUUAAACACAUAUCAUCGAUAAUCAUCGAUAAUCAUCGAUAAUCACCGUUAAUUUUGUAAAUCGCCACCACGUUUCCCACAGCGUCGCGGAAUUUAGUUAGAAAACAUAAAACGAAAACGAAGGAAAACCCGAUUCACUGCGCAUUGAUGACCAAUUUUAUACUCUGACGAGUGCGAUCGCUGGUAAAAGGCGCUUCGCGAGCGCGUCGCGCGAUUAUCGUGUAUAAAUAUAUUUUAUUACAAACACGUUUCUCAACCAAAUUAAGCUCGUUGAUCGUUUAGAUUGUAGAUACGGGCGAAUGAUGUGCUGAAACAUUGUAGUUUUCCGAAUAGUCUGUUGGAGAGAUCGCACCUAGAGAUUAACUAUUACCUAUUUACACAGUUAAGUACAAUCGGAUGCGAUUAAGGAGGAGGCUCUAUUCUCUCUCGAUAUUUCGCUGUCGGAGACGACGCAUCCUCGUUCGAACGCGACUAGUUAUUCGCGCGAGAACGUAAUUUUCAGUGUUUAGAAUGUUUAGCAAAACCGGCAAGCUUAGAAUCUAUUUGAAUUGUUCGUAAUUGAGUGGCUAAACGUGAGAUUUUUAUGAGAAUCUAGACGAAUGUUCGACAACGUUAAUUGCCGCAAUUGUGUCAUGAAACAGGACGUGUCGUCUUCGGUGCGAUUAUCAAACCGAUGCGCUUUCUGCUCUCUCGGCGUGUUUGUGCGCGAGCGAUCUUUUUCUAUACCGCGUCGCUUGUCAACCGAUGGAUUUGCUCGUGUCAAGUAAGUUUGUAUUGUCAUAAAUCGAUGUGCUCAGUUUUAGUGAUUGUCCCCUGAUCCCUCAACUCCGAUCCUUUGACCGUCCCGUUCAACCCCCCCUCUUCCCUCCCCCUGUCUCUUAAGUCUUGCUUAAGUGUGUGCGUUCGCUCGAGAACUUGCUGUCAUAUGAGAAAUGAUGAUAAAACCAUACGUUGUUCUGUAUAAAUUUUGUACUAUAGUUUGUAUUAAAUAAAAUACAUUGUUUAUUGCUUGA